UAUUCGUAUCGAAAUGGCCUACUAAGUACCAAGUGUAGCUGCAGUAAUAAUCGGACUUGUGUGAUGUGCGGUACCCGCUUGCCGAGUAACGUGCUCGGAUGUUUCUAAUUAUAGCGACAAAACCGUAUGUAAUCGUUUAUACGCAAUAUUAAUAAUAAUAAUAUGAUCGUGUGCGGUUAAACGAUUAAAUUAUAUAUGUACAAUAUAUAUUAUUAUAUAGUAUUUCUUUUUCUCUUCCAUUUGUUUUGGUCUUUAACGGGCGCACCGUACACGUUUAGUCGCAAGUACCAACCUACAACGGUUAUAGCAACAUGCAGCAUGUGAAGCCGUCCAUCAAAGGCGACCCGCUUUGUCCUCUAGGCUUCCAUCCGCAAGUCCGUUGGCCGACCAGAUGCAAACGUUGUUACAGGGACUACAAAGACCAUUCCAAUAGGAACAAAGAUAAUGGUAAGCCAUCACUUAGGAAAGAUGAUGUUACCACCGUAUCAACUCCUAUACUGACGAAUGAUGAACCUUCACUCAAAAAAUCGCCAGAUCUGUCCAAUAACAGUAUUCAACAACAAUUUAAAACAGACAAAAGCUGUGGACCGAGUAGUAAGACUUCAUCAUGGGUAUCCUCGCCAGAUUUAACAAAACUUUCGGUCACGGUUACUUCUCAAAUUGACUAUGAUAACAAUACAAAUACAGAUUAUAAAGUUAAAAAGAGGAUUAAUCUUUCACGUAGUGAUUCCAUAGACAGAACCAGUCCAAGAAAUAGUUACAACGGGGACAUCGCCCAUUAUACUCCGGUGCAUAAUAAACACUUGACAAGCCAUAAAUUUCCAGCAGACAAUCGUGAUGACGAUGCUAUCAGCUUAGCCGAUUCUGAUACUACUACUGACACUUUUGCUACUAUUGUCAACGAUGAAGAUUUGCACGAUGAACUGUUAAGUUUAAAAACGGAAUUAAAAACUAUGAAAGAAAAAUGUGAGAAAGCCGAACGUGAAAAAAGUGAUAUAUUAUUAAGACGAUUGGCUUCAUUAGAUACAACCCCAACUUCACGUACCACUGCAACUGAAUUGUUAAAGCAUCAACAAAAAGUAAAUGAGCUGAAAGUGACUUGUGAAAAUCUUAGCGACGAGAAAAGAUCUCUUACGCAGCGAGUCUGCCAACUUGAAAAUGUACUUGAAAAGUAUAAAAAUAAUAAAAUAGAAACACCCGAUGUACAAAUGGUUCGUUCCAAGUUGUUAGCUGCCGAAACUAAAAUUGAAGAAUUAAUAGAGGAAAACAAUGAUUUAAACAAGGAAUUAGCCAAUGUGGAACAAGAAAUCAGAGACAAUUAUAGGGAAGAACAAGAUAAUGAAUUCAUUAUGUUACGAAGAGAAUACGAUCAAGUGUCAAAGAAUUGUCGUAUAUUGGCUUUUAAAUUAAAAAAAGCUGAACGACGCAUGGAAGAAUUGGAAAAUGAAAAGACUGAAAAUGAAAAAAAGAACAAAGAAUUAAUAGAAAAGUUACAAAAUGAUUUAGAAAAAAUGAAAUGUAACACCCCUCAAGUUGAACAAAAAAAAAGACCUAUGCUUGGAACAAUAGCAAAAUCAGCAUCGGGGGAGAGAAUGUCAAGAGAAUCUCUUACGCGAGGUGAUUCACAAGAAGACCCUGUUCAAUUGCAAAGAGAUUUACAUGAUUCCAUAGAACGAGAGGCAGAUAUGAGAGAACAAUUACGAUUUUCUGAAGAAGAAGCAAAAUUGUUGAGGAAGAAAGUGGGUCGGUUAGAAGAAGACAAUGAAUCAAUGGUGUUGCAGCUGAAGAAAAUGGCUACAAAAACUAAAUAUCGUCCGUCGAACAUAACUGAGAGAGAUGAAGGAAUAUCUGACGUUGAAGAUGCGACGGAAUUGAAAUUAUUACUUGAACUAAGCGAGCAGGAAAUAAUUGUAUUGAAAAGAAAACUAGAAGGUACUGAAAUAGAAAAAGAUAAACUGAAAGCUAAAGUCGUUGAGUAUCAAAUGAAAACAUCGACCAAAGUCAUAAACAAACCAACGCCUAAAACUACACAAUCUAAAACUAAAGAUAUCAAGGCAGACAUUGAUAAACAAACAAAACCUAUAAAACAAAUGGAAGCUAAAAUUUCGGAACUUGAAUCUCAACUAAAGAAUGAGAGACAACAAAUUGAAAACAUGAAAUCUUUGCAUACUAAAGAAAUAACUGAUAAAGAACAGUAUAUAAUACAAUUAAGAGAAAAAUCAUUGAACGAAGGAAAUAAGAAAAUAAUCGACAUACAAAACGAAUAUGAUAAAAAGAUAAAAAAACUGGAAAACGAAUUAACAACCGAGAGUAAAAAUUAUAAAGAUUUGUUAAGUAAACAUGGAGUUUUGCAAAAAGAACUAAUGGAUGUUAAAUCUAAAUGGGUAGCCGAAAAAGAUAAAUUACGAAGUCAAAUGGAAAUAAAGAAAAAAGAUAUAACAAGAAUCGAAUUGGAAUUAAAAAAAUUAAAUGAUACCUUUACCAGCUCUAAGGAUUCAUGGAACAUAGAAAAAAUUAAUCUACAACACAAAAUAAAAGAAAUGGAAUUGUCUCACUCUACUGAUGAAUGGAAAAAAGAGAAAGAAAUUAUGAAACGACAUUUAGAGGAAAAUGUAAAAGAAAUAAAUGCUUUGAACAAACAAUGCAGUCAUUAUACAGAACAAAUAGAAAAACUUAGAAAAGAAAAUGAGAAUCUUCGAAGAAAUCUAGAUGACUUUGAAAAAGUGGUUCAAGUACAACACCACAUGUCAAAAGAGACUGAAUUGUUAGAAAAUAAUUUAAAAGAAAUGAAACUUAAAUUAUACCGCGAAGAGCAAGCUAGAAAAAUUGAAAUCUCUGCAUUAAAAGUACGUUAUGACAAUCGUAUAGCAGUGCUUUCCGAAGAAAUAAAAAAUAGCCAGUUUCAAACACUUCGGUUCAAGAGAGAACGUGAUUCCUUCAAACAAAUGUUGGAUUCAGCACCAAAAAAAGAAACUAAUCAAGAUAAUAAAAAUAUAAAUCAUGAUGAAGAUUUGCAAAUGCUACAACAACAAGUAUCUUGCUUGGAAGAGCAAUUAUCUGAAUCCAGGUUAGAGUGUUCCCGGAUGAAAACUGAACUCGUGUCAGAAAAGUCAUCAUGGGAAAUAACAAAAUCUGAAAUGACGUCUCGAAUUAACCAGUUGGAAGAAGAACGACUUCUUAAUUCAGGAAGAACUAAACUCCAAGGAUUAAAAGCGAAAAUGGAAUUAGCCUGGCAGAAAGAACGUGAAGAUCAGCAACGCCUUUUACAAGAAACAUCUACAUUGGCAAGAGACUUGAGGCAAACUUUAUAUGAAGUCGAACGAGAACGAGAUAAAGAAAGAUUAGAAACAAAAAGACGUAUUGAUCAUAUAACCCAAAGCAUGGAUACUGAUCAACAAGAAAAUAGGAAAAAAGUUAAUGAGUUGCAAUGUGAUCUUAUGGAUUUACGCGAUGCCCACGCCAAGUUAAGAACAUUUAAUGAGAAACUACGAAAAGAAAAAGAUAAAAUUGAACAAGAAUGUGAAUCAUUAAAACUGUGCAAUAUUCGACUAAGAUCAGAUCCCCAAAUGGAAGUUAAAAUAAAUAGUUUGUCACAAUUAAUUAAAAAUUUAAUGGCUACUUUAAAUGAUAACACUGAUGUGUUAAAUAAAUCUUCAACAUUAAAAACGCCAACACCUCCAAUUAGGAAAAAAAAUUCCAUGUCAAGAGAAUCAUCUCCAGAUAUAACUACUAAUCAUUUAACAAAUUACAACACAGAGAAAAUAACAAUUUUACUUACUAAAGUAAACGAUUUAAUUAAAGACAUAGCCUACACUACAGUUCAAAAAGAUGCUAAAAGUAAACGUUCAGUGUUCUCAGUUAGGUCUGCAUCGAGUGAAAAUGAUCCACACGAGAAACCUCCAAUUAGAGGAAGUUUAUACAGAAAAAGUUUAUCAUUAGAGCAAAACUUUGGAAACACUGAACAAGAUAUUUGGAAACAAGAAGAAAUUAAUCAACCAAAAAAGAAAAUUACUAAACAAUCAAAUAGUUUCGAAAGUCAGCAGUCUCAUAGUUCUUCAAAAAGCGAUAUUGUUAGUGGAGAAAAACCUAAAAAGAAAGGACUUCUAGGAAAAUUGAAAAAGUUGACUAAAAGCUCAAAAAGCUUUGAUCAAGAUAGUGAUUCAUCGGUAAAAAGCAACUCUAGUGUUCACAGUAUUGAUAUUACAACUGGAAAAGAAACCAAAGGGAAAUUGACUGAUAUAUUUAAACCGUCGACAUUACCAAACUUAAAAAAGAGAGCAAUGUCUCCAUCAAUAUUUAGAAGAUCUGAACAUUUAAGGAGUUCUCCAGCUCCUUCAGCGCAAUCUGAUGAAUAUGAAGAAAUGCCUUAAUUAGUGAUUAAAAAAGUAGCUGUUAUGAAAAUUGACAUAUUAGAAUUAAAACAAAUUAAUAUUGUGAUAGCUUAUAGUAAGAUCAUGUUUUAUAUGGCCUUAAUAAUUUUUGUUAUUAAUUUUACACAAUAUUUAAGUUUUGGUAAUUUUAUCAUAGAAUUAAGGGUUUCAAAUAUUAAAUAUUCUGCUAGCAUCGCCCAUUCCUCCCACAGCAUUUUAUAAUUGUACAUUUCAUAAAUGUUCUUUAGUGAAAAAAAAUUAAUUAACUUAUAUGCUAGUCCAGUGACCGUUUUUAAAUUUCAAAAGUUUUAAAUAAAUAGAAAUUCAUUAAUACUACAUGGUAAACACAUCCUCCUUUUAAAAUUAAGUACUCAAUUUUUUUUUUAAAUCAUUGCCAUGCUAUAGCAAGACUUUAUAAUUUACUUAAUACUACUUCAAAAGCGUAUUUAUUUAAGCAUGUACUAUUAAACAAUUGUCACCACUAAGAAAUGUUCAA